UUGUCGAUUCAUUUCAACUUGCUUCUCAGACGUCAGACCCACACGUGCAAAAAUCAGUGUGUGAAAAAUUGGCAUUGUAAACCGUCACUAAAAUAGCUGUUAAUAAUGUCUGCGCCGACAAUUGAAAUAAAGAAAGUGGUUGUUCAUCCACUAGUGCUUCUAAGCGUCGUUGAUCAUUUCAACAGGAUACGAAAUCAAAGAAGAGUCGUCGGCGUUUUGCUGGGAUCGUGGAGACAGGGAGUGUGUGACAUUGCAAAUUGUUUCGCAGUUCCAUUUGAUGAAGAUGACAAAGAUACUUCUGUGUGGUUCUUGGAUCAUGAUUACCUGGAGAACAUGCACACGAUGUUCAAGAAAGUCAAUGCAAGGGAAAAGAUUGUAGGAUGGUACCAUACAGGUCCCAAGCUUCAUCAGAAUGACAUCGCAAUCAAUGAGCUCAUCAGGAAAUACUGCCCGAACUCUGUAUUAUGUAUCAUAGAUGCGAAACCUAAGGAAAUUGGAUUACCAACAGAGGCUUACUAUGCAGUAGAAGAAGUUCAUGAUGAUGGAACACCAACAUGUAAGACGUUCGAACACAUCCCAAGUGAGAUGGGUGCAGAGGAGGCAGAAGAAGUAGGAGUAGAACAUCUACUUAGAGAUAUUAAAGACACAAGCGUAGGAACGUUAUCACAGAGGAUCACGGCCCAGCUGUUAGGUUUGAAGGGGCUGCAAUCCCAGAUCCAACACAUCAGUGGUUACUUACAGAAGGUAGCAGCAGGAGAGUUACCCAUCAACCAUACCAUCAUUUAUCAAUUACAGGAUGUAUUCAACCUCCUCCCGGACGUGAACCUCAACGACUUCGUUAAGUCCUUGACCACCAAGACAAACGACCAGAUGCUGGUGGUCUACCUGGCCUCUCUCAUCCGCUCCAUCCUCGCUCUCCACAACCUCAUCAACAACAAGAUCCAGAACAGGGAUCUAGAGAAGCAGGAGGGCAAGAAGAAGGAGGAGAAGAAGGACGAGAAGAAGGAGGAUAAAGAGAAGAAGGACGAUAAGGACAAAAAGGAUGACAAGAACAACAAGAGUAAAGACAAGAAGGACUCGAAGUCUAAGGAUAAGAAGUAAAAUGUGAGAUGACACCGAGCUAUUAAAUGGACUUGAAAGGGGGGCUCCUUGAAGGAGCAUACCUAGAGCCGUAGUGAGAUAUCGAGGGGUCAGUGACACAAAGACGUAACUCCAUUUUGGCCAUUAACAACAAAAAGUUGUUUAU